AUGCGUGCCUAUAUAUAUCUCAACGCACCACAUCUAAGAUUUAACUCUGAAGAAGCUAUCGAGAAACUACUACAGUUCAUGUCAAUUCUAAGUACACAUAUCAGAAUUCACCAACCACACGUAUAUGAAUGUAAUAAUGAUUUAUAA